CUCGUACCCCUGAGAUUAAAUAGUAAUUUCUCAAAAAAGCCGUUAAAGUCCCUUCGCAUUUCUUAAACCCUACUGGCUACUGAUACCACCAUCUCCUUCCUAAAACCCUGAACUCAUCAAACGGAGAUACUGCCAUGGAGACAAACCUUGAGAGCCACGUAGCUGAAGAGUCGGAAAUUCCAUUCAAAGAUGACUCCGACAUUUGCCAUCAACUAUUGUCCCGCUAUUCCACCUCCAAAGCCCCACACCACCGCCACCUCCUCGCCACUGCUGCCGCCAUCCGCUCCAUUCUCACCUCCGAAUCCCUCCCUUUAAGCCCUGCGGCGUACUUCGUCGCCGCGAUCGAUAACCUCUCUGAUUCCGAAAGCCUAGAUUCCAAUGCGAUUGCGGCGCUCUUGUCGUUUGUUUCUAUCGUGGUGCCCUUGAUUCCGAACAACGGGAUUAAGGGUGAUAAAGCGAGCGAGGCAGUGAAAGUUUUGGUGGGGGUGGCAGAGAGAGAUGGGUUAGGAGCGGCAAGUGUCAGUGGCUUGGUCAAGUGUUUGGGGGUUUUGAUUGUGGGGUUCUGCGAUUUGGAGGAUUGGGGCUCUGUUAAGGAAGGAUUUGAAACUGUGCUUAAAUUCUCCAUUGAUAAGCGGCCUAAGGUCAGGAGGAGCGCUCAAGAUUGCCUUGAGAAGGUUUUUAAGUCUCUUCGGUCUUCAACUGUUAUCAAGGAAUCGAGCAAAUUGGUUCUGUCGUUGUUCAAAAGUUGCAAGCCUGUGGUACUUGCAAUGAGUCGGUCAAAGGUUAUUGAUGGGUCUAAAAGUGAAACAUUAUCAAAGCCUGAAAACCUUGAGGGUCUCCAUAUGCUGAAUUUGCUGAAGGUUACAGUUCCGUAUAUCUCUGUCAAAAUCAGUGCAAAAGUUCUCUCGGAAAUACUUCAGCUUAUGCAUUCCCAUUUCACAGCACUUACAAGGCAUAUUUUUAAAAUUUUUGAAGCAUUUAUCGAGAAGUCUCGAGAGGAAGUUAUUGGCCCACACAUAGAAAAAAUUAUAAACUCUCUUUCUCUUUUUAUGUCUUCCGGAGAGAAGAACUCGAUGGACACUGUCAUUUUUGCAUCAAAUUUGUCAAAACUUGCUUUGUAUAAGCUUCAUGCUGGAGGGUCGAGGUUGUGGGUGAGUAAUGUGCCUAAAGUUUGUGGUUCCAUAGCAGGUUUUUUGACUUGUGAGACUACCGUUGCGUCACAGGCUUCACUUAUUAUUAAAGAGAUGAUCAACCAUUUUAUGGAUCAAAAAGUGCUCUUUCUUGAUGAACACCAGUCAUUUGAAGAUGUAAGUCAAGAAAGCGAAGAAGCAGAUAUGAUAAAAUCGACAUGUGCUAUCUUUGAGAAUAUUCUGAGCUCAUAUAAUGGAAUUCCGAAUGAGCAUCUUUUGGAAGUGAUAUCUGCUUUAUUUCUGAAGCUUCGAGAGGGCUCAUUUAUCUUCAUGAAGAAUCUUGUUCUCAAGCUCACGGACUUGAUGAAGCUUGUCAGUCAGGAUAAAUCCAACACAAAUCAUCUUCAGGAUUGCAUUGGAUCUGCUGUAGUUGCUAUGGGGCCAGAGAAAAUUCUUACACUCAUACCCAUCUCUGUUCAUGCUGAUAACUUUACUUGUUCAAACAUCUGGUUGGUACCCAUAUUGAGGACACACAUUGUUGAAUCAUCACUAGGGUAUUACAUGGAGCAUAUUCUGCCUCUUGCAGAAUCCUUCUUGAAAGCCAGUCAUAAAGCAGAUGAAGUUCUCAAUGUUGGACUUUCUCUGGUCAUUUAUUUCAGUUCUCUCUUUGGUCCAGUUAAAAAGUCGGUAGUUGCUCAAGAUCUGCAGGCUUAUGCCCAUGACCUUCGGGGAUUGCUACCUGCCUUUUGUCACUAUCCUGUUGACACUCACAGUAAGUUUAAAUCUUUGGCUGAACUCCUUGUUGCCUUUCUGAAGGAAGAUCCUUCCAUGCAUCAAAUUGUUGUUGUUGCCAUACAGGUUCUUGUCAGUCAAAAUAGGAGUGCAAUUAUCUCUAGAAAUAAUGCUGGCGAAGCUUAUAGCAAUGCAGAAAGAGAUACCCUUUUGGAGUUUAGAAGUGCUUCCUCUUAUUCAAAGAAAACUGCAACAAAAAACAUCAAGGCAUUGUCAUCAUGUUCCACCGAGUUGCUUCAGGCUCUAAUGAACCUAUUUGUUGAUUCUGUACCUGAGAAGCGCUUAUAUAUAAAGGAUGCUGUUGGAUGCUUGGCUUCCAUUACUGAUUCCUCUAUCACCAAGAACAUUUUAAUGUCAUUGCUCAAGAGGCUUCAGCUUGCGGAUGGUAAAGGUGAAUUUGCACAGCUGACAAGCUGUGGAGAUGAAUCGACUGAUACAGAAGGAACUGUUGGGAAGAAGAAAGAUGUAAAGAGGUGUGUGAUGAUGGAGCUAGCAUCUUCUCUUGUUGAAGGAGCAAAGGAGGAUUUGAUUGAUCUGUUGUAUAAUUAUGUUGUCCAUGUUUUUAAGGAAACUGAUGCGACUGGUCAUUGUGGAGCAUAUCACACUUUAAGCAGAAUUUUGGAGGAACAUGCCUGGUUUUGUUCUUCUCAAUUUAUUGAGCUAUUAGACUUGUUACUUGGACUGAAACCUCCAACUGAUAUUGCAUCCCUAAGGAAACGGUUUGCUUGUUUCCACAUUCUCAUGGUUCACACAUUAGAGAGAAGCUCGGAGGAGGAUAAUACAAAGGCUUUUCUUAUGCUCAAUGAGAUCAUACUGACUUUAAAGGAUGCAAAGGAUGAAACUAGGAAAGUGGCUUAUGAUACAAUCCUCCUGAUAAGUUCUGCUUUAAGAAUCUCAUCAUGUGCAGGUUCUGGUGAAGCUUAUCACAAAUUGAUCAGCAUGAUAAUGGGUUAUCUUUCAGGUCCGUCUCCUCACAUAAAGAGUGGAGCAGUGUCUGCACUGUCUCUACUUGUGUACAAUGAUGCAGACAUCUGUCUUAACAUUCCUGAUCUUGUUCCCUCCCUCUUAUCUUUGCUGCAAAGCAAAGGUGUGGAAGUCAUAAAAGCUGUUCUGGGUUUUGUGAAAGUACUAGUAUCAUCCUUGCAAGCUAAAGACCUGCAGAAUUUUCUAUCGGACAUCACCAAUGGAGUUCUCUUGUGGUCAUCUGUCUCUAGAUUUCAUUUUAGAUCUAAGGUGACGGUCAUAAUGGAGAUCAUGAUGCGGAAGUGUGGUUCUGCUGCAGUUGAGUUAGUUACCCCAGACAAGUACAAGGGUUUUGUCAAGACUGUUCUGCAGAAUCGUCAUCACAAGCCUACAUCCAAGGAAGCUGGAUCCAAUGAUACAGAAACUGCGUUUACAGAUUCAUCUGGCAAAAGGAUGAAUAAGCAGAAGAAAAAAGAAUCAGGUUCUGUGGCGGAGGAAAAUGGUUCAGUGCAGCAUAGGAAGAGAAAGAGAAAAAAUAAGGAAAACGAUAACCCUCGUACCAUGAGGGAGCCACGUAUACCGAGCAGUGGUGGCUAUGGACCUAAAGGAACUAAGAAAGCUAGGCACUCUGGAUAUCAAAAAUCAACAAAGGGUAAGUCAGCAGAUGAUACAAAGAAGAGGAAGUUUGUUAAAGAGUCUACAAGUGGUGGGAACAAAAAGAUGAAAUUCCAGAACACGAGCAAGAAAGGCAAAACAGCAAUUCAUAGACCUGCCUCCAGAGUACACAAGCACAAUAAAUUUGGAAAGAAACAAAAGACUGGUGACUAGUGCAGCACUUGAUGGCCCUGGAUCUGCUUCCAAAUUGUGCAAAUGUAGUAGAUUUUGGAAAGAAACAGAGUGGGACUGAAGUGAGAUAAAGAUAUAUGAAUUAUGUGAAGUUUAACCUGAAAUGGCCGAAUGACCAGAGUUUCUUUUGCGGGAAAGUGAGCAUUUGAAGUUGAGUUUAAGCUUACAUACAAGUUUUGCAAGAGAGCUGUGUAUUUGAAGCAUCAUGGAACAUGAAAUGUAGCAGCUGUAGUCUCCAGUUGAAACGAGAUGAAGACUGCAGAAUUUUGGAGUUUCCCAAAGAAUAGCUAUAUAUUUAUAUAUAAUGGCUUAUGUAUCAACCACACAAGAAAAAUGCUGUAUGCCUUCAAGCUGAUUAAUAUGGAUUAUUGGCAAUUUUUUUUUA